AUGCUGAUCCCCGAUCUUACCUUGUCAUCUCACAUCACCAGCAAGAUGGAGCCUCAGUCAUAUAACGGAAGCACACCCUGGAAUUCCGACUUUAUUCCCGGUCCUGCUCCCCAGCAGUCAUCCGUCAAUGCCGAAAGCGAGUUCCGCUGCGGCAUCUGCAACAAGACAUACAGCCGGCGCGAUCUCCGCGACCGCCACCGCCGGCGCUGCAUCAAGACAAUAGGCAAAGAGCGUCCGUCGAAGCGCAAAUCCUGCGAGACAUGCGCGCGGAAAAAGCUGCGUUGUUCCAUGGCCCGUCCGGCGUGUAGUCGCUGUCUGCAGAUCGGGAUCCAGUGCCUUUAUCCACGGUCUGUUAUUCCAGUCCAGCAUCAGCGCCAGGACCGGCAUGAAAGCUCGCCGGGUGAGUCGUGGAUGUCGUCGACGCUCGAGGCCUCGUUUGGAGGGGCUGGGACGAUCCAGCCAUUCCUCAUUCAGGAUUUGGAAAGUGGAGGACUAAGCCAGAUGAAUAGGAACGGAAGUGGUUUUAGGGGUGCAGGUGCCCUUGUGCCUGAGUUUGCAGACCCAGUGGUUGGGGCUGGUGUUUUCACGAACAUAGACAUGUUCCAGGAUCCAGCUCUACUGGCGCCUAUCUCGUGGAAUGAAGAGUUCUCGCUCUCAUCGCAGUCUCUGGGGCAGGACGAGGAGAUCCUCGAUUCAAUCAGUCGUAACCAUUCAACGUCUGGCUCAUUCCAGUGCCAUUUCGAUGCCCAAGCUGCAGGUGGAGGAGCCGCACAGUCCGUCUUAAGGCUAUUUGACCACCCCAACCCUAACUCUCACCCCGCCGCGACAAUGUCGUCUCUGUCCUCCAACACCGGCAGCUCCCUUCCAGACACCUCAGCCUCGGGCUCGGACUCAAGCGCAACCUCAAUCCGCGCGCCCUCCACCCCCUUCAACCCCUCCGCCUCCACCCAACUAAUCUUCGCCCACGACUUCCAUCCCAAACCCCCUUACAACCCAUCAACCCUAUACCAAGACGUCCUCUCCACCCUCCGCUCAUACCCCUCCCUAAUCCUCCAGCGCGACCACUGGUCCCCCUUCGUGCACCACCAACUAUACCGAUGCUCAACGGGCGGGAUGGCGAAGCCCAUGGGCGUCGCACUGGCCUGCGUCUCCGCGCACGCGGGCUCAUACGGCUCAAGCCACGGGUUCGUCGAUAAACUGAUCAACUCCGAGCGCGCGCAGCUAGUCCGCAAUUUCCCGACGUAUCUUGAUACGCCGGAGAACUGUAUCGCCACUGUGCAUGCGGUUUGUAUAUACCAGGUUCUCGGGCUCCUUGGGCAUGAGUUUUCACCGGCUGCUGUGAAGCAGUCCCAGGAGAUGCAGGGUGAGAUGGAGAAGGGGAGGGAGGAGUGUGAGCGCGAGGCAGAGAUGCAUAGUUCGUUCUUGCUCAAGAUGGCCCGCCGCCUAUACAACCACCACCGCACCGCAAUCCUCACACCGCACUCCACCGAACUGAACUGGGAGCGCUGGAAAUUCGCCGAAUCCCUGCGCCGCAACAUCUUCUUCGCGAAUAUUAUCAACAUCGUCGGCUCCCGCGCCGGAAAACUCAACGGCGCGUACUUUGAGCCCCUGGAUGAUGAGAUGGUGCUGAAUCUACCGCUCCCUGCGCCGGAGUGUAUGUGGCGCGCUUGUAGUCUGCGCGAGUGGCUUGGGGCAAGGGAGUAUGCGCUGCGUUUUAGGCAAUCUGAGGCUGAGUCUAGGAUGGACUCGGGACCCGAAGGUGAGGGGGGAAAUACCAGAUUGACACAGACGUUGAAGGGGCUGAUCGAGGCUGAGGAGGAGGGGAGGCUGGAUGUCAAGGCGUUGUUGCCGCUUACGAGGGUUAUUCUGGCGAGUGUGAAGAUUGCGCCGGCUGGGGGUUGCUUAUAG